UUAUGAAUACCGUUAUUUGAUAACGCCGUAAAAAUAUAGCUCUAUUCGUAAAUCGCAGUGGUGGUCACUGGCAUAUAGUAUACACUGGUGAGGCGGGAAUGGCUUUGGCAAAGGGCCUGAGGCCCGUGCAGGUUGGGGCAGUAAUAUUGGCGGUGCGUAUUUUAUCCGUGUUCCUAGUGCAAACCUGGUAUGUGCCGGAUGAGUAUUGGCAAACCUUAGAAGUGGCACACAAAUAUGCCUUCGGUUAUGGAGCCCUGACUUGGGAGUGGCAAAAGGGGAUACGAAGCUAUCUGUACCCCAGUGUAGUCGCUGUGCUUUACUCCGUGUUGAAAUUAACUGGCCUUGAUUAUCCAAAUGUUGUGAUAAUUCUACCUCGUAUUCUGCAAGCAAUCAUUAGUUCUAUAGCUGACUACAAAUUCUACAAAUGGACUGGAGGUCGUAAAUGGGCAUUGUUUUUGAUACUUACAUCCUGGUUUUGGUUCUAUACUGCCAGUCGUACACUGUUACAGACCUUGGAAACAGCAUUUGUGGCCAUAGCCCUAUCUGUAUUUCCAUUCAAAACUGGCAAGCUUGGAUAUUAUGAGAAAGAAAGUUCAACAUGGUUAUGGCUGGCGUGUGUGUCCAUCUUUGUUCGGCCGACCUCAGCUCCAUUAUGGAUAGUGCUUGGAAUUUACAAUAUGGCUACAACCAACCAAGGAAGGAUUGAGUUGUUAUUGAAGACCUAUUUACCAAUCGCUUUUAUAUGUGGUGUUGUGUUGGUCGGACUUGAUUCCUACCUGUAUGGCCGCCUUAUUGUAACUCCGUGGGAGUUCUUCAAGUAUAACGUCCUCGGCGGUGUAGCUUCAUUCUACGGAGAGCAUCCAUGGCAUUGGUAUAUAACUCAAGGAUUGCCAGCGAUACUUGGUAUAAAUGUGUUGCCAGUUGUAUGGGCUCUAUAUAAAAUAAUAUCCCGUCCAAGUGAAAAUAAGAUGGGGUUAUUGUUGAUUACUGCUGCUGGCUUACAUGUUUUAUUACAUAGUUUCAUACCUCACAAAGAGUUUCGGUUUGUGUUGCCGCUGCUACCAAUACUGCUGUAUUUGGCCCAAGAUGUUAUUGUACCGUGGAGUAGAAAAGCCAAGAAGUGGCAAUUAUAUGGUGUGACAAUGCUCAUGUUAGUUGGUAAUUUACUGCCAAGCUUGUACUUCGGUGUGAUCCAUCAAGCUGGUACGUUGGCGGUGAUGCCGGUGUUGAGGGAAUCCCUAACAGAGAACCGAUCGUCUAUAUUAUUCAUGAUGCCAUGUCAUUCAACACCUCUGUACAGUCACUUACAUCGCAACGUAUCAACUCGUACUUUGGACUGUUCCCCUCCACCUGAAGGUCGGACGUGUGAGUCAGAGGCGUUCUUCAUGAAUCCGAAUCGUUGGUGGAACGCGGAGUACGCACACAGGCAGACGCCCAGUCACCUCGUGUUAUUCGACGUACUAAAGGGCAGGGUGGACUCGCUGUUACAGGGUUACGACUUAAUACAAAGGAUAAAUCAUACUCAGUUCCCACAAGGAGAAGUCGGAGAAAAGGUGUUAGUUUACAAGAAAAGGACUCAGAAGAUACAAGCGGACGAAAUAAUACAUUGACGACCAUAGAACUUAAUAGACAAAUGUUCUUAUACACUUUUACAAAAUUGGACCUUAUAGCAAUACAAAUAAUGUCCAUUUUAUAGUUUUAUAGAUGCAGUGUUACUAAUAUUUAGAGAUGAAUUUUUAAUAUACAACAUGCGUUUUGACAUUGUGCCAGUUGAGGUUGUAUUCGACAGUAUUUAUAUGAUUUAAAUUAUAAAAUUCAAAAGCAAUAAUUUUAACGAUAACGUUAUGUUUGAUGGAAUAGUGUCUUGACAUUUCGUUGCCUUUAUAUAUAUAAAUUCUUUAUAUAAGAUAAUCAUAUAUUUUAAUAACAUAACUGCGGAGCAUUUCGAUUAAUUUUAGGAUGUAAUUAUUAUCAUAAUUAUUUAUUACAAAUAUAAUUCGAUUAGUACAAAAAAUAAACAAAAAUAUUGAAUACAGGAUGAUUUCCAUGACUGUGUGAACUCGUGACAUAUUUCCACUUGCCAAAGCCUGUAGUUUAAAUAGCUGCUGAACGUUUCCACCGAGACGAUGUUGAAGGAAAAGCCAUCUGAGUAUAGAAUAGUUUUAGUUGUAAUUUAUUUCAUAGGAUCAGACUUCUGUAAUGUUUGAUAUGAAUUAUCUGUGCUGUGUUGUGCCGGGCACAGAUUAUAAAAUUUAUCUAUCAAUGCAAUAUUAAUUUUAAAUUUCAGAUAAAUCACAUUAUAUAUUGGGGUCAUACAUAGGGUUUUUUUUCCAUAUUGGUAAUUGACAUCACUUCACAUAAAGAGAGUCUGGUUCGACAUAUAUAUUUUAUUUUUUUGGAUAUGGUUAAUGCUUUAUGAAAAUUUUGCAAUUUAUUAUAAUUUUCUUAAUUUCCUUAACUAACUUUUGUAUUAGCAUAGUGUAGUAUAGGUAACUAUUGCUUGCUCAAUAUCAAAGACGAGUAUUUUAUGACUAUUUUUCAUAAAAUUUAAUUAUUUUUUUUAUCUAUGUCUUACGGUUUACGUAUUUUCUAUUUUUUUUUAUUUAAUCUAUGCUUUCAUUCGCACACAAUUAUUAUUUUAUCAGUUUAAUAAUUAUUAUAAUUUUAUUUUAUUGACAUUUAUUAUUGAAUUUUGUUUUAAUUUGUCAGAUGCUAUGAAUAUUUGUUGAAAAUGCGUAAAUCGUGUUGAUUUAAGAAUAAUUUGGAGCAAUUUUAACUCGGUAAAUAGUUACGUUGUUUUCGUAUAAGUAAGAGAUGUCUUCUAUGUGAAGUGUGAAAUUUAAUAAAGAUUUUUAUUUUUAA